UAAUUGAUUCAUAAUAUCCAUUUGUAAUCUAACUUUUUGUUUGCUGCAUAAUUCUUCUUCCUCAUUUUCUAAUCAGUACUCAAAAACCCUUUGGUAUCAAAAUUCCGCUAAUCCAUUCAACCUUUUAUGCCCUAAAUUCUGAGAUAAAGCUAAGAGGUAUAGCACUGGCGGCGAUAGAAGUUGCGCAUUUGUUGCAGAUUCGCACGAUCUAAGUUGAUGGAUGAAUACCAUAAGAACUUGCUAGUUGAACCUUCAAUGCAGCCGUUGCAUGCACCAACUGAAGCUUCGAAGCAGCCGUCUGCACUUGAAGGAUGUAGAUCUUCUGGGGUGGACAAGCCCAUAGGUUGCUUCCAUGCAGCAAUUCAGGAGUUAAUUGUCAUUGAUGAUAUCUUGUCAGCAUUGGUUGGGAUUGACGGACGUUAUAUCUCUAUCCGUAGAGUACAAGGGAAGGAUGAUUCUGUGUCCUUCCAAGUUGAUGCAUCUAUGGAUUUGGCACUUCAGGAAUCUGCAAAAAGAAUAUUUCCUUUAUGCGAGAGCUACAUACUUAUAAGUCAGUUUGUUGAGUCAAGGUCCCAGUUCAAGAGCGGUCUUGUCAAUCAUGCUUUUGCAGCAGCACUUCGGACAUUACUUCUUGAUUACCAAGCCAUGGUGGCACAACUUGAACAUCAGUUUCGUCUUGGAAAACUUUCAGUUCAAGGACUAUGGUUCUAUUGCCAGCCAAUGUUGGGGGCAAUGCAAGCUUUAACCAUAGUGAUUAAGAAUGCUUCAACCAGUAAUUUUAUUGGCUCUGCUGUUCUUAACCUCCUACAAAGCCAGGCCAAGGCCAUGGCUGGCGAUCAUGUAGUGAGGUCUUUGCUGGAAAAGAUGUCACAAAGUGCAAGCCAAGCAUAUCUUGUAAUAUUAGAGAGGUGGGUAUACGAGGGCGUAAUUGAUGACCCAUAUGGGGAAUUUUUUAUCGCUGAGAACAAGUCUCUUCAAAAGGAAAGUCUCACGCAAGAUUAUUACACGAAUUAUUGGCAACAACGCUACAGCUUGAAAGAUGAUAUCCCCAGUUUCCUUGCCAAUGCUGCUGAAACAAUUUUGACCACAGGAAAAUAUCUAAAUGUCAUGAGAGAAUGUGGGCACUGUAUUCAGGUUCCUGUAGCAGAAAACACAAAGUUGACAAUGGUUGGCUCUAAUCAUCGCUACCUUGAGUGCAUUAAAGCUGCUUAUGAUUUUGCUAGUGGUGAAUUAUUGAACCUCAUUAAAGACAAGUAUGACUUAAAGGGAAAGCUGAUGUCAAUCAAACAUUAUCUCCUUCUCGAUCAGGGUGAUUUUUUGGUCCACUUCAUGGAUAUUGCUCGGGAGGAACUCAUGAAAAAGCCAGAUGAAAUUUCAGUUGAAAAGCUGCAGUCUCUCCUGGACCUUGCAUUACGAUCCACGGCAGCUGUGGCAGAUCCAUAUCAUGAAGACUUGACAUGUUGUGUGGAAAAGACAACUUUAUUGAAAAGGUUGAUUGAACUUAAAGAUCUUCAGAUCAGCCACACUAUUUCCGGCAAUGAUGAUCUCGAAGAGCCUUUGAGCGUUACAGGAUUGGAAACAUUUUCUUUGAGUUUCAAGGUUCAAUGGCCUUUAUCACUUGUGAUCUCAAAAAAGGCUUUGACCAAAUAUCAGCUAAUAUUUCGGUGUCUGUUUCACUGCAAGUAUGUGAAUCGGCAACUUGGUGCUGCAUGGCAGUUGCAUCAAGGUCUGCGAAGACUUGAUAAGCAAGGAAUAGCGAUUUCAGUGUCAUCUUUGCUAUGCCGGAAUAUGCUCAAGUUCAUCAAUAGCCUUCUGCAUUAUCUGACAUUUGAGGUUCUCGAACCAAAUUGGCAUAUCAUGGACAAUAGACUUCAAACUGCAAAGAGUAUUGACGAGGUUUUACAACAUCAUGAUUUUUUCCUUGACAAGUGUUUGAGAGAGUGCUUGCUUCUCUCACCUGUUCUUCUCAAGAAGCUAGAGACAAUGAAAUCGAUAUGCCUUCAGUAUGCAGCAGCAGCGCAAUGGCUGGUUACCUAUUCCAUCGAUGCUCCCAAGACCGACAGUCCCGAGCUGGAUAAAUACAACAAGUUGAAACUAAGGACGCGUUCUCAGACUCAGAAAGUAACAGCUGAAAAUGCAACUGUCAUUGAAUCUAUCUUGAAGUUUGAACGCAAAUUUUCUGCUGAGCUUCAGAGUCUAGGACCGAUAUUGAGCAGUAGUUCUCGUGCAGAGCCAUACUUGACUCAUCUUGCACAGUGGCUUCUUGGCGUGGGAAGCGACUAAGAUGCAGCGACAUCUAUCUAUGGUUUGCCCAUUUCCCUGCUUUAUGUUCAUCUUGUUGUUGGUUUUCUAUUUUACCUUUUUCCCUUUUGUGUUUUUGAUUAGUUGAGGAGAUUUGUUUUAGAAAUCCAUUGCCAAUUUCAAACUAUGGAUAGUGUCUGUUCUAUAAUAGUUAUGUUGUGGGUUCAAAAGUUUA